AUUAGACUGGAAAGUGGGGAGCUCUAGAAGUCGACAUGGCUGGUUCAGUUAGUAAGCAGCACAUGGCAAGUCUUGUACUGAUCUUGCUCUUCAUCUCCUUAUCAUCUCUCUCUCCAACUUCAACUUCACACAGCUGUGACCCUGUACAAGAAGAAGAAGAAGCCUCCUCCUUCGGUUACGUUUGCCACUCAAACCUCCAAAAGUGCCAUACUUUCGCCAUUCUCAUAGCCAAAUCCCCCUUCCAUUCUAUCUCCAACCUGAGUUACCAUCUGGGUCUCGACGCAGACGAGUUUGUUCCCCAAGGUCAGUUACUGUUGAUCCCAAUUGAGUGCAGGUGUAAUGGAAGCAUCUACGAGGCCAAUCUCAUUAAAACUUGCGUUAAAGGAGACACCUUUCGCUCUGUCUCUCAGUCUCUGCAAGGCUUGACCACGUGCCUAUCUAUCAGAGAGAAGAACCUAGAUAUUUCCGAGGACAAGAUUGGCGACAACGUUAAGCUGCGUUUGGCGAUCAGGUGCUCUUGUCCACAAGAAGGCGUUUCAAACGCUAGUUUUCUCAUGACGUAUCCGGUGGGAGUCCACGACAGCGUUACAAGCCUGGCGGUUAGGUUCAACACAACAGAGGAUGCCAUUGUCUCUGCAAACAACAAAUCUGGUGUCGUUCCACUCAAGCCUGCUCUCAUCCCUCUUGAUCACAAACCCCGGAACGUAACCACCGAGAAUCGCCAGAAAAGAAAACCAUCCAAGAAGAAACGGUCAAAGAUGAAGCUCAUGAUCACUGUGAGCAGCGCGAUUGCUGGAGUUUUUGGUCUUGUCACUCUCAUGGUGUUUGGUUACUUACAUUGGAAGAAAGAGACGCGUAUGAAAACGCAAACGCAAAAGUGGAUUAGCAACAAAGAUCCCGAGACGCGGCAGCUGAGUCUAAGCAUCCGAACCACGAGUGACAAGAAAAUCUCGUUUGAAGGGUCACAGGACGGUUCCAUCUUGGAUUCUCACAACACUGUCGGUACCACAACGCCGCGAAAACCUGUUCUGGAGAUUUACGCGUUUGAAGAUUUAGAGAAGGCCACUGAGAAUUUCAGUUCAAGCAAUCACAUCAAAGGUUCGGUUUAUUUCGGUUCGCUCAAAGGCAAAGACUUGGCUAUAAUGCAAGUCAGUGCAGAUGCAGUGAAAAGGUUCGAUUUCGGGCUUCUGAACGAUCAGUCACACUACUAUAACCACAAUCUGAUUAGGGUUCUUGGGACAUGUUUUAGAGAGAUCGAUCAGGAUUCUUAUCUGGUUUUCGAGUAUGCGAAGAAUGGGUCCCUGUGGGAUUGGAUUCAGAACAAAUUGGCCAUCAAGAAUCAAUUCAUCGAGUCUUGUUACUGUUUCUUGGCAUGGAAACAGAGGAUCAAGAUAUGUCACGAUGUCGCCAUCGCGUUAAAGUAUAUGCAUCGGAUCAACUAUGUCCACGGCAACAUCAAGAGCAGGAACAUCUUCUUGAACGAAGAUCUCAGAGGUAAAGUCGGAAACUUUGGGAUGUCAAAGUGCUUAACCAACGAAUUAACGGAAGAGAACCUUAUAGAAGGUUCCCUGUCUCCAGCUUCUGACGUAUUCGCUUAUGGGAUUAUCGUAAUGGAGGUUUUGUCUGGACAAACCCCAGAGAUGUUGCUUGGAUUGCAAGAACAAGAGACAACAUCCCUUGGGAUACAAGAAACUUGUGUUUCCGAAUGGAACAGAUUGAGAAGUGUUCUCGGGGACAAGGAAAAGCUGAGGGAAGUGAUGGACAGCACAUUGGGGGAGAGCUAUUCGGUUGAUUCCGCAUUUGACCUCGCAAGUAUUGCAAGAGAUUGUACUGCAGAAGAAGCCGAGUCAAGGCCGAGCGCGGCUGAGAUAGCAGAGAGGGUUUCAAGAUUGGUGGACGACGAUGAAGACGAAGAAGAUGAAGCAGUAACAGAGAGAGAGAGUGUGAUGCCUUCACUCUCUUCAUACAACUUGAAAGCUUCCUUGAGGUACUGCACGUUUGCCAGACUUAAUAGCUUCGACGCAUCUUUCGAUGGUAGAAAGGGAUACCUUCCCUUGGUGGCUCUUGUCAAAGCAGCUAAAGACCCGUUGAUAGUCGUCACAGGAGUUGUGCCGGUAACAAGGCUCGCAGCGAUGCGUCGAUCGUUUGGAUCAGCGGCCGCCUUGGAGUUUGACUACUACUCCGAUGACGAGUACUUGUACGGAGAUGAUGGCCGUUGCGCGGAGCCGAGGCUUGGGUUGGAUGGAUCGGGGCCGGAUAGAGGAGUGCAGUGGGUGCUCAUGGGAGCCCCUGGAGCUUGGAGGCACGUCUUCGCCGAGAGGCUCUCCAAGCUUCUUGAAGUUCCUCACAUUUCCAUGGGAUCCCUUGUCCGUCAAGAACUCAACCCUAGAUCUUCUCUCUACAAGGAGAUUGCAAGUGCUGUAAAUGAACGAAAGCUUGUUCCAAAGAGUGUUGUGUUUGCGUUGCUAUCAAAGAGGCUCGAAGAAGGCUAUCUUAGGGGGGAAACUGGUUUCAUCCUUCAUGGCAUUCCCCGCACUCGUUUUCAAGCCGAAACUCUUGAUCAAAUCGCUCAGAUUGACCUUGUUGUCAAUCUCAAAUGCUCUGAAGAGCAUCUGUUAAACCAAAAUACUCUAAACGAAACCGCUCUGCCUCGGCAAGAGUUCCUCGGCUCUAUGUUACACUCACCUGUUGCAAUCAAUGCUCGGAGGGAGACUCUCGGUGUCUACGCACAGGAGGUGAAGCCCCUGGAAGAAUACUAUAGGAAGCAGAGGAAACUUAUAGACUUUCAUGUUGGCGGUGCCACAUCAGCAGAAACAUGGCAGGGCUUGUUGGCAGCUUUACAUCUGAAGCAGGUGAAUUUGCCGACUUCACAGAAGCUGACUUUGUGAUGAUGAACUACACAGUCAUACGGCAAAGGCUAGAGUUAAAUCCUCUUGAGCUUUGCUUUAUAAAUUUUGAUCUUUUUC